AUGGCUGGGUCUGGCGUGAUAGACGAUAAGACUGCCUCGCAGUCGCCUCCGACCUCUGUGGAGAUGGACAUGAAGCCUGACAGUGACAACUCGUUAGUUGAGAAUCAGGAAGAGGAAGAGGAGGGCUACUCGCCAUUGGGGAUGUUUUUUAUCCUCACUGCCCUUACUCUAUGCGUGUUCUUAGUGUCUCUAGACCAGACUAUUGUGGCCACCGCCAUCCCCAAAAUCACGGAUGAGUUCCAGCAGCUGGACCUUGUCGGCUGGUACGCCAGUGGCUUCUUCAUCACUAUCGGAAGCUUCCAAUCGACGUUCGGCAAGAUCUACAAACUUUUCCCACUCAAAGCAGGUUUCCUUCUGGCCAUAGUGGUUUUCGAAAUUGGCAGUCUGCUGUGCGGCGUCGCACCAAACAGUACUGUACUGAUUCUUGGGCGUGCUGUUGCUGGCAUGGGCGCUGCGGGUUUGGGUUCCGGUGCAUACACUAUCAUCGCUUUCUGUGCUCCGCCGAGCAAGCGUGCGGCCUACACAGGACUGUUGGGAGCAUCAUAUGGUGUCGCGUCAGUGGUAGGGCCAUUAUUGGGCGGUGCAUUUGCGCAGAAGGUAUCUUGGAGAUGGUGCUUUUACAUCAACCUUCCCAUUGGCGGUGUUUCUGCGGCUAUUAUUCUCCUCACUUUCAAGGCCCCUGCGAGCGCCAGGCCAGAAAAAACCACUCUGAAGCACAAGCUCCUCCAAAUAGAUCUCCCAGGUACUUUUCUUAUUAUGGCGGCGAUCGUGUGCUAUGUACUUGCAUUCCAGUGGGGUGGACAAACCAAGUCCUGGAAGAACUCGACAGUCAUCGGCACCCUAAUAGGCGGUUCUCUUAUUAUCAUCUUCUUUAUUGUUGUUGCCUCCUUCCAGAGUGAGCGCAGCAUUAUUCCACCGCGUCUAUUCAAGAAGCGCUACAUCUGGAGUAGUAUGGCGUUCAUGUUCUUUUUCGGCGGUAGCUGGUUUGUGACGUUAUAUUACUUGCCCAUCUAUUUCCAGGUCGUGGAUGGAGUGUCGGCCGCAGCGAGCGGUGUGCGCAACCUUCCAUUGAUCAUUAGCCUUGUGUUAACUACUAUCCUAUCUGGUGGCCUGAUCUCUGUCAACGGGCACUAUAUCUCAUGGUUAUACCUCUCGGGAGUACUCAGUACUAUUGGAACCAGUCUGAUCUACAUGCUUGAUAUUGGCUCGUCAUCAGGUCGUUGGAUUGGCUUCCAAAUCAUUGCCGGCGUGGGCUUUGGCGCAGGCGUGCAGCUGCCCAUCAUCGUUGGUCAGGCGCUUAGCGAGCCGAGAGAUAUUACUUUGUCGACAGCGCUGAUGCUGUUCGCCCAGACCAUUGGAGGAGCGUUGCUAGUAGGCGCUGCUGAGGCUGCGUACACAAAUACGUUGCUGCGAAGAUUGCCGAUAACGGCUCCGGGCGUCAACCCGAAGACGGUGGUUAGCAUUGGCACAACACAAAUCCGAUCAAUGUUUACCCCUGACCAAGUGCCCGGAAUCAUCCAGGCGGAGAUGGACGGGGUGCAUGUGGCGUUUGCACUAGCCAUUGCCUGUGCAGGUGUAGCAACAUCGACCACUCUUAUGGCCCCAAGGACGAAUCUGAAGGGUAAGAUGGAUAGUAUCGGAGCUGCGUAA